CAAAUCAAACAAAAGCAAGUGAAAUAUUUCAACACUACGACUGCUACAAGUGGUUUCCACAAAUUCAUUGCUGCAGACGAGAUGCAGAGCUCCUGCAGCGUUCCUGAGGAAUCUUCUCCUGUUCCUCAUGAGCACUGGCCUCCAGUUCAGUAAUGUUCUUGGGUUUGCGUGCUGCGACCGUCGUCUUCACAUCCUCCUGCGUUCAGUCCUCACCGCUCACUGAAACCUCAGUGCUGUCACACCCGGUCCCGCUGCAGGUCUUUCACUGUCACGCCAGGGUGUUUCACAACCUCCUCAGAAAUCUGCUGCAGCCGUCGAGAGCUUCCUUUUUCUGCCCCGUCCAGGUAUUUCAUACAUUUCUGCCCCUAGACACUUCCGGUAUUUCAUGUGUUCCAGCUCAAACACACCUGCUGCAGCUAAUGAAGCGCUUGAUUAGUUUAUAUCGGGAGUGCUGGGGACAACACCUGUUCUGCAGAUCUGUGCUGUUGUGAGGGUUCUAUUCAGGGGGGUCAUUUUGAUUGCAAAUCUAUCUAUCUAUAUUUCUAUCUAUAUUUCUAUCUAUAUUUCUACCUGUCUGUCUGUCUGCCUGCCUGUCUGUGUAUUUCUGUCUGCCUGCCUGUCUGUCUGUGUAUUUCUUUCUGUCUGUCUGUCUGUCUGUGUAUUUCUGCCUGCCUGCCUGUCUGUCUGUGUAUUUCUGUCUGUCUGCCUGCCUGUCUGCCUGUCUGUUUAUUUCUGCCUGGCUGUCUGUCUGUGUAUUUCUGUCUGCCUGCCUGUCUGUCUGUCUGCCUGUCUGUCUGUGUAUUUCUUUCUGUCUGUCUGCCUGUCUGUCUGUCUGUGUAUCUCUGUCUAUCUGUCUCUUUAUUUAUUUUGAGACUGAAUGUGAAGUUUAUUUUUUAUUAUUAUUACAGGUUCUCAUUAUGAUAUUUCUGCUGUGUAUAAAGGAUCAUACACACACACACAGGCAAACACACACACACACACACACGAUCUGCCCUCGAGGGAGAAAAACACAUACACACUCACAGAGAGAGAGCGAGCGAGGGAGAGAGAGAGAGGGGGGGAGGGAGAUGGAGUUGUGGUUGUACGUUAGUGGCUCACCCUCACUUCACUUCACUCAGACUCUCUCCGUCUCUCUGUGUGUCUCGCUCUCUCUCCGUCUCACUCUCUCUCUCUGUCUCUCUCUCUCUCUCCAUCUCUCGGCUCGUUCCGCUCUUAUUUCCUCUUUAAACUUGAUUCUUUCCUCACCGUAUUUCAUUGUUUCCGCUCUGUAAAGAGAACAGUCUGACUUCAGGACAUGGACUGCUCUCUGGACCAGCUGGACGCUGCAGGAUUUCUGCACAUCUGGCAACACUUCGAUGCAGACGAUAAUGGCUACAUCGAGGGAAAGGAGCUGGACGCCUUUUUUCGGCACCUCCUGAUAAAACUGGGACCCAAGGAUAAGAUAACGGAGGAGAAAGUGCAGCAGCUGAAGGCCAGGUUCAUGUCCGUCUACGACGUCACGGCCGACGGACGCCUGCAGAUCCAGGAACUCGCCAAUAUGAUCUUACCAGAACAAGAAAACUUCCUGUUGCUAUUCCGCCGUGAAGCUCCUCUGGACAACAGUGUGGAGUUUAUGAAGAUCUGGAGGAAGUAUGAUGCAGACAGCAGUGGAUAUAUAUCUGCAGCAGAGCUAAGGAAUUUCCUGAAGGAUCUUUUUCAGCAGCACAAAAAGGACGUGUCUUCUAACAAGCUGGAUGAAUACACGGACACCAUGAUGAAUAUAUUCGACAAGAACAAAGAUGGCCGCUUGGAUCUGAAUGAUUUAGCGAGAAUCCUGGCUCUACAGGAGAACUUCCUGUUGCAGUUCAGGAUAGAUGCGAACUCGCUGAACGAGAGAAAACAAGACUUCGAAAAGAUCUUCGCUCAUUACGACGUUAGUAAGACUGGAGCUCUGGAGGGACCCGAGGUGGACGGAUUCGUCAAAGACAUGAUGGAGCUGGUCAGGCCGAGUAUCUCAGGCCCGGAGCUGGACCAGUUCAGAGUCGUGCUGCUGCGCCACUGCGACACGAAUAAAGACGGAAAGAUCCAGAAGAAUGAACUGGCCCUGUGUUUAGGGAUGAAACCUAAGCCUUAGUCGUUGUUCGUGUGUUUAUUACCCAGCGUGACGCUGGAGGAGUGUGUGCAAACCCGCGCUAUUUAUAAUAUACUUAAAUACUGCUACAGACACGUGCUGAUCUUUGCUAUUUCACACCGUUAUCACCGUUUUACUCUUGCGCUUCGGUUAGAGAUGAGUCAGGAUGCAUUUUUCAGCAGAUGCUAUUAUAUCCAGGAGAAAUUAACCGUAUCACCCAUCACUCAUCUUUAUUGUGUGUGUGUGUGUGUGUGUGAGAGAGAGAGAGAGAAAGCACAAAGCAGCACAAUCAACAGCUGCAAUCCGGAGCACCUCCGUGUUUGUUUUGCUAGUUACAGCGAAGUCCAUUCAGCUAGUCGACGUAAACAUGUUUCAUCAUUUAUUAGGAUUUUAAACGUCAAAUUGUUUAUAGCUAAACCAGCUAAUACACCCCACCCCACCGUGCUAAGCUGUUUUCUCCCUCUCCUCCUUCACGCACACUUCUAACGCUGACUAGCUUCAUUGUUAGCUUAGCUGAUGAUAUGCUAUCUCUCCAGCAGCAGGAAAGCUAACGAUAGUAGCUAGAUAAAUAUAUAUAUAUAU